AUGGAUGGCGCCCCGACCCCGAAAGCAGGCAGCGGCGGGAAGGCUGGGCUGCCGGUGCCGGCCAGGAUCGACGCCGGCGCCGGCGAUGGCGCCGCCACGCCUUCUGCGCAAGUGACUAGGAAGGCGACGACGUUGCCUGGGCCCGCUGUGGGUGCGUCUCACGCGCCCGCGGCGGCAACGGCAGCCCCAGGCGGAGAGAGCAACGGCGGCGGCAGUGGCGGCGAGGAGGAGGACGACGAGCAGGUGAAGAGGUUCUAUUCGCUUUUGGACAACAUCCGGGCCAUGCGGGGCGCGUACGGGUCCGGUUCCGGCGGUGGCACUGGGGCUUUGGACGACGGCGUCGACACAGGUGGUGGCAGCGGGGCGAGGGUGAAGCGGCUGCGGCGCUCGGAGCCGCCGUGGAGGCCGGCGUUCAGGCUGGAGGACUUCGAGGAGCCAAAAAAGACUCCGACGUCGCGCCGUGCGCCAAGAGGACGCGUGGGCAGGAGCAGGAGGCAGAGGCGGACAGCGAGGGGAGCGGCGGAGCGCGCCCAGACGUCGCCGCGGUAG